CCAAAGUUUUAGGGUUCUAACUCCUAAUUCUAAUCUUUCGAAAACACUAUUGGUUGGUUGGGAUGGUGGUGCAGGUGGGUUAGCAAGCAGAAAUGGCAAAGCGAAUGAUGUAUUGCUGGCUGUCAACCCCAUUAUCAACAGCCAAACAACGCUUCAAUAUCAAAACAGCCCCCUCAUUCUCCAGACCAGUUCUUGCUUCUGCUAGAGCCGAAAGAAGUAUUUCCACUGCCAGUAAGAAAAAGAAGAAAAAAGAGAGAAACAAAUCCGUAGAGGAACUUGUUGUGGUAAAAAAUGAUAAGGAAAAGAGAAGAACUCGCUCAGAGAAAGAAUACGAGGAGCUCCAUUCUUUCCAUGAGACUGAAAGUCACGUCCCUGUAAUGCUAGGUGAAGUUGUUGAUGUUUUCUCUUCCUUACCUCUCCGCUCUUUCAUCGACUGCACUCUUGGCGCCGCUGGUCAUUCCUCUGCUAUAAUAAAGGGACAUCCUGAAUUAGAAUGUUACAUAGGAAUGGAUGUGGAUCCAGUUGCACAUGCCAAGGCACGUGCUCAUAUUGAUGCUCUCUUGCAAUCAACCCGUACUAGUUUGAAACCACACUUGCUUUUCAAGAAUUUCAAGUAUAUAAAAUCUGUGGUUGGUGAGAUUGGUGAUGAUUGCAAGCUCUUGAGCUCUGGAGUUGAUGGCAUCUUAAUGGACCUUGGAAUGUCAUCCAUGCAGGUGAACAAUCCUCAAAGAGGGUUCAGUGUACUUGCUAAUGGACCUCUUGAUAUGCGCAUGGAUCCUCGGGCAAGUGUGAAAGCAAAGGACAUAUUAAAUUAUUGGCCAGAUGAUGAAGUGGGCCGAAUUCUGCGCGAGUACGGAGAAGAAAGCAACUGGCGUUGGCUUCAGAAAAAGAUUGUUCAGGCUCGUCAACAAGGUGGUUUGCAUUCUACUAGUGAACUAAGAGAUCUUAUUCAGGGUGCAACUCAUGGAACAAAAGGAGGGAGGCAAGGUUGGAUAAAGACAGCAACACGGGUGUUUCAAGCUCUGAGGAUAGCUGUCAAUGAUGAACUCAAUACCCUGGAGAAGUCUCUUCACGCCUGUUUCGAGUGCCUUGUCCCUGGAGGAAGGCUUGCUGUCAUCUCUUUCCACAGUUUGGAGGACAGAAUUGUAAAACAAACAUUUCUAAAAAUUAUUGAAAGCAACGGGGGAGAUGGAGAUGUGGUUGAAGAAGAGGCUGGUAAAAGAGAUUUAAGAAAGAUGAGAAAUGACAUUGAUGCAAAAGAAACAUGGAUUCGACAGAUGGUACAAGGCCAGAAUGGAACAAUCCUUACCAAGAGACCAAUAACACCAUCUGAAGAGGAGGAAAGACUAAAUCGCAGGUCUAGGAGUGCCAAACUCCGUGUGAUUGAGAAAAUUCGUUGAGAUACGUAUUACUACAAUUGCUGGCUUGCAGCCCCGUAUCAUUUAGGGAAAAUCCAUGUAUAAUAUAUGAUCUGUGCCUAAUAUUGCUGUGCCUUCAUUAUUCAUUAUUUUUAUAGAUUAGUCGGUUCAUAGCAUGGUAUUUUGUUUUGCAUUUUGUUGUUAUGACCAGCAAUAAUACAUCCAAUCAUCCUCCAGGUCUACAAACAAACGAAUCAUAAAUGAAAAUAAAUACCAAUUUUCUUACACCAUUCUGUGAUCUGGAUGGCAAUUUCACUCUUUAUCCUUCGUUGUGCCAUGGGCCAAUUGGGCUGUUGUUGAAUUCUAUUAAGCCCAAGUAAAGUUUAAAGAUCUUUUUUUUUUUUGAGAUUAAGUUUAAUGAACAUGAAAAUAAAAUAAUAAUUAAAUAAGUAGGAAAGACAACAGGCUCGAGUUUAACUUUACCAACUGUUAACUACCAGAACAUGAAUUGAUAACGUUAACUACAAACCAUUUUUCGAGUGGCCAUGACAGUGACAGUGACAGUGGCCCAGAACUGAAACAGCUAAAACACCAAGAAAAUCCUCCUCCCUUGCAAGAGUGGCACAGGAUUUUCCUCUCGGAAGUCGAACUUGAAAUAAACAGGGAAGCAGCGGGUGAGGAACUGAGGAUGAUGGUACCAAGUGGUAACAAAUGGAAAGCAACAGGGAAAGAAGGCUUGACAACAUUCACAUCUUUUGCUUUCCCAUACCUCACCAAUUCCAGG